CAUUGUGGCAUAUCACAAACCAUCAUGUCUGUGAUUGGCUCAAAAUCAACGCCAUUUCCGACAGUCGUACCAUCACACACAUCUCAACACAGUACAGUACACAUAGGAAGGGCUCGCAGUUAAUAGUUUGAGAUUUGGAAAGUGCCAAUACAGAAUCUGGCAUUAUACUCCUAAAAUGCCAAAGUAAAUUUCUGCCAAUAGUUCAUGUUGUAUGGUAUUGCUAUGUGGUCAUUAUGAUGUUGCCAACUUACCUUACUGUUGUCAUUAGUAAUUGUUAUGUUAUCAUGUGAGCACUGUAACCAAUCUAGUUCCUGUGCAUGAAUGGGUAUUUAGCCCUAUAGUUUGUUCUCAAUGUGACAAUUAGGAAAGAUGGACUUAUACUGGCUUGUCCACAAUUGAGUUUAUAUGCAGAAAUGUAUGGUAUUAGUUUGUGAUAUGGUCAUUCAUUGCUUUGAGUCAUGUAGAAUCUUAUUUUCGGAAUGUUAUAUUGUUUUAUGUUACUUGUACACUUUGAAGCUGCUAUCAUGUGCAUGGCUGUUAUAUUUGUUGUGUAUGUUAGAGUUGUACUAUUGCACAUAUUGUUUUUAUUGUAUGUGUGUGUACUGUAAUAUGUAGGCACUGGAUGGCUUCAUUUUGGUUGUAAAUCUUCAGACAGAUGAUCUGGAAAUUGUCUAUGUAUCUGAGUCCAUCUAUUUUCAUCUUGGUCUCUACAUGGUAGACCUUGUGGGGUUGUCACUGUUAAAUCUUGUCACAGAACAGGAUCGUGACACUGUCAAGGAGACUUUAACAGGAGGAGAAGAGUACCUGUUUGGUUACCGAUCAUUUUUCUGCCAAGUAAGAAGUGCUAAAGGCAAGCGACCCAAUGGUCGAACGAAGUCACCAGGACGUAAGCUUGUGUAUGUUUCUGGCCGAAUACGCCAACACAUAUUGAACUCUGGCAACUCUGAAAGUGAAAUGCUUUAUUUUGUUGGUAUUGCACAAGUGGUGAAGACAAGUGCAAGUGCAAAAGUUUAUCCUGGUUUGACCUCAUCCUUCUUGACAUGUCGAACAACCCUGGAGUUAAAAGUCAUUGAAGUCAACUCGGAGCGUGUCACUGAGAACGUUAAUUGUAAAGACUACUGGCAUCCUGAUGACUUGUCAUGGAAUUUGGUGUCGUUUGAAAAACUUUUGAAUGAUGGUCAGGUAGUCUGGUUCUGUCACCGUAUCAUGUACGAGGGGCAAUGGCGAUGGGUACAGGCCCAGUCAUCUCUAGUCAAGAAUAAAUUUUUUGAACAUAGUGUGGCCUUUGUCAGUGAUGAAGUUGGAAAGAGGGUGUUGGCUGUUCGAGUAGCUCAAGCAAAAAAUGGAAUUCUUGGUUCAGUGUCAAGUCCAAGCCAGCAAUCAACUGGUUUGUUUACAUCUUCAUCAGACUCUUACUUGAAAGAAAAAUCACCAGCAACUACAACAGCAGCCGCAGCAACAGAAGUGUCCGACUCUUUUAUCACUUGUAUAGCAUCUGUUUCUCCUCAAAAUUCUCCAUCUCCACAACACAGCCCAGGGUUCACUAAAUUGGAGAAACAACUGAAACCAUUACCCGAAAACAGAGUAAUAACAUCAGAGCUUUAUAGAGGAAUUAUUCCCACCUUGACUAACGUUGUCUACCCUGAUCAAACGUCAGACUGUUCAAUGAAAGGUGGCAGUUGGGAUAUAGAAAAGGCUGGAAGUGAAUGUCUAUUCUGGGAUAGUCCCAGCCCGCCAAGAUUUGCAUCUUUACCUACUGAUGAAGCUGAAUCAUUGUGUGGCAGCAAGGAAGUGGACAACAUUCACUGUCCUGCUGAUACUUUAGGAAGGCAAAUGCCUGUCGCAGACUGCAUGUUCUCACCUCCAGAUCUGACUGAGAUGGCAUUGUUCAGUGCUCUAGAAAAUGUGGAAUGUGAUAUUCCUGAUGUUGAUCUGUCAUGUCUUGAUGAAAUACUCUGUCAGGUUCAGGACAACUAUUUACCAAUGGAACCAGCUGGGGAGGAGAGGAGCAAAGGAUUUGACCAGUCAGUGACUGUGACUAAGCCACUUCACACAACUGUCAGUACCAGCUUUUCUCCACCACUCUUCUCACCUUCUUGCACUUCAGCUGCUGAUCCUGUCUGUACCAUUGAGAUUUGUGACAAGAACACUCAGAGCGCCUACUGUCAAGGCUCAUUACUUGGAAAUGGUUGUUCAGAACUCCCAGUACAACCACCUCCUUUGACAUGGGAUUGGGCAGUUGGAGUCAAUUUUAUGUCUGACAUGAAGAAGUAGAGUGUUGUUGUACAGAGACAUUUAGUUACCUGUCGUGGUCAUGAUGCAGUUAGAUUAUGCUAUAUUGAUCAUUGUGGGGUUGCCCAUUGUGUAGUAUAAGCAACCAUGUUAAAUUGCUCAUGUCAUGUCAAGACACUGAACUGUAUAGUCACUACAGUUAGAAGUUAGGUCAAUGCUGUACACUGUAUUGAACUACAUGAACAUGUCUACAUAUACUCCCAAGUGUGAGAAAAGUUUUAGUGUAU